CCCAGGCGUGUGCCCCCCACAAGUGUGCCCCCCAACAGCCAUCCUACAACGGCCGUCACCAGACACGUCUCAGCAUGACCGGCUUCGUCAUUUACAACCGGUGUCUUUUUUCACUGUUGGGAGCUGUCCUCUUGGGUACCUUUCAAGCUACCAAAGCCGGAUCUUUCUCCUGCUGGUUCGUGGAGGAGGUCAUUAAAGAAAACUCCCCUCGUACCAUCCAGAGGACUGCGGUCCAACUGGCGAUGACCGACCUCUCCGGUCUGACGAUAGAACCUCCCGUGAACGUGGAGCCAGGCACCCUACUGUACUAUGUGACUGAUACCUCCGGGAAGUUGCCGACUGCACCAUCCACCUGUGAGAUGAUGCAGCUUUUGCCGCAGGAGGUGCCCAUAAAAUGGGUGCUAUCUCUCACAGAGGAACAACUUAGCCCACAGUCCCUCGGCGGGUCCUGGUUCAUCUUGUCUGUCAUGGAUAAGACAGAUGGAAACACUCUGAGUGUUGUCCUUGGGCCGCUGGGUGACCAAAAGAACCAUCUGACAGUGUCUCUGGUAGUGCAUUCCCCAUCUAAGACUUUCUAUGCCCAUCUUGGUGAACCAGCGUCUCUGCCUUGUGAUGUGUGGCGAGGGCCGCAGGCCCGUUUUGCAGUGGAGUGGCGGCACCGAGCUGAAGGGGAAGGGAAGGUUCUGUACGCUUACGACGGUUACCAAGACCGCGUCGAGGAGGAAUGUCCAAGUUGUAAGAUGAACUUCACCGCCCUACACUCUCAUGGAGACGCGUCUCUCUUACUGGAUAAUGUAACCGUUGAAGACCAAGGAACAUUCCUGUGCACCGUCUACCUGCCCUAUGUGAGAGCGCAAAGAGAAAUCCAAGUGAAGGUGACAGCCGUUCCUCAGGUCACUUUUCUGCCUGAAUCUCCCUUUGCCCCUUCGGGUGAGAAGCUGACACUCACCUGCGAGGUCUCUCACUUCCAUCCCUUUGAAAUCUCGGUGGAGUACCUGGUGCAGCUUCCAGGAGAGAGUCACUGGUCCCUCGUUCCUGGAGUUUCUCUGUCUCCACACGCUGAGAAACAAGACGGCACCUUCAGUCUCACCGCGUUCCUUGACAUCAUCGCAAGCCCAGAACUCCACGGAGCUCGCUAUUCCUGCCGCGUCCGCCAUGUCAGCACCCCCAAAGGGCUGACGAGCUCACGUACCCUCCGUGUUUCAGGUUUAUCAGGGCUGUCUUUUGAAGAUGGGAUGUGUCUGUUCGUGGUGGCCCUUGCUCUGUACGGGGCUCUCAGCUUACUUAAUUGGACAGUUAAGCUCUUCAGGAGACUGGAGGACACAAAGGCCAAAUCUGAAUAAAAGAAUGCCCGGAAGCUCGGAAACAGGCUACUAUUAAUCUUUUUUUAACAUUGGAUUCCCCUGGCGAUGACAUCAUCAGAGAAGUUUUAAACGUCUUUUUCUUUUAAGGAAUAAUCCCAACCAUGCUUUAGCACUUAAAACAGACUUUUUACUUGAAGAGGAAAAAAAUCGUAUUAAUCAAUUAAGCUUAAAAACUUUCUAUGUGUUUGGCAACAUUUUAAAAAACUUAGUUUUAA